AUGUAUGAUGGAAAACAUGGUGUUAGAAUUCAGGAUAGAGCUCUUGUGUUUGCUGCGCAGCUAUCGGCUCAAUAUAUCACUGGGCGUCAUCUUCCAGACAAGGCUAUUGACCUAGUUGAUGAAGCUCGUGCAAAUGUCAGGGUCCAGCUUGAUAGUCAACCUGAAAAGAUUGAUAAUCUCGAGAGGAAGAGACUUCAAUUAGAAGUAGAACUUCAAGACCUUGAGAAGGAGAAGGACAAAGCAAGUAAGGCUCGGCUUGUCGAAGUAAGUACCUUGUCAUUACCGUGUUUAGGACUUGAUGAUGUGCCAGCUUAG